AUGAUCGAAUCUGUCACAGCCGCCCGCUACCAAGACGGUUGGGAACUCGUGCUCUACCCGGGCUACAACCAGCACAUCCAUGACAGCCGCUUGGAUAACCCUCGCAGAAACCUAGAUUUCGUAGGCAUCUUCCACAAUGGUGCUCGCUUUCUGUUGUAUGAUGAUGGCACAUACUCAGCGCUGUACACCACGGCUGCAGGCGUCAAUCACAUCAAGGAGAGGGGCCUGGCGGACUCCUACGUUGAUGCCUCAAUCGAUAGCUUCGACAUUGACGGAAAAGGCGAAGCAAAUGGUAGUGUGAAGGGCACAGCCAGCGAGGGUGACAGCGAUAACGAGGACGGGGGCAACGACAGCAACAACAAUAGCGACAACAACGAUAACAGCGGCAGCGGUAACGAUAGCUCCACCGAUCUUCGGAUCGAAGGCGUCUUCGGCCACGAGCAGAUCGGUGGCAUCACGUGGUAUAAGUACAAGUACCAUGGCAGAGAGGAGUAUGGUUACUACGUUCCACAGGACCAGCGGUCGACCGCCAAGAGGGCGAUCGAGAAUUAUUGGGAUGAUCAGCGGCUGUUCAUUGAGUAG